CAUGUGCAACUGAAGGCAGAGCCUGUUCCUCUGAUGGUGGAGUCUACACAGUUGAAGGUGGAGCCUCUAAGGGUGGAGUCUACACAGUUAAAGGUGGGGCAGGUGCAACUGAAGGCAGAGCCUGUUCAUCUGAAGGUGCAGUCUACACAGUUGAAGGUGGAGCCUGUUCCUCUGAAGGUGGAGCCUCCACAGUUGAAGCUGGAGUCUAUGCAACUGAAGGCAGAGCCUACAGAGUUGAAGGUGGGGCAUGUGCAACUGAAGGCGGUGCCUCUUCAUCUGAAGGUGGAGUCUACAGAGUUGAAGAUUGAUGAACGCAAGUGCUUCGCAGAGAUCUGCAGCCCUGGUGAAACUGGCCAAGAUGAACACAUGAGAAUGGCCAGUCAGCAGCCUCUCGGCGGUGACCUCACAGUGGACACUUCCGUAGACGACUCCGCUCUACGUCUCAAGGUGCAGGAGAGCUCAGACAGCUGUGAUGGUGGGAACACAGCAACAUCCAACGCUCUGGACCCCAGAACCCUGGCGACCUCAAACAUCAGUUUCCGUGACCACCAGGAGGGCGUGGCCCCCACCCCCAGCAUCCCGCUGGACCCCCAAGUCCUGAAAGAACAGAGUGAGCCCAAGGUCCAGGAACAGAUCCUUGAACCCUCCCCCAACCAGAUCCCCAAAUCCCCAGAUAAAGAGGAGCAAGACAACAAGCCACCUAUCUCUGAUCAACUUGUGCCUGCCAUGGAAGUGAGAUAUGUCUCUGUACUCCACUCUCCUGAAGUUCUUCAACCCAUUACUCUACUCCCCCCUACUAAAGUGCUUAGACGCAUCACUGCACUUUCCUCUCCUAAAGAUCCAGGUAUUACACUUGAGCCCGACUCUCCUAUAGAUCCAGUUUUGGACCUGGUGGGUCGGGUGCAGUUGACCUUGCAGCGGGCAGAGUUGAAAGCCCGCUCCUUGCAUGAUGAGCGGGUGCAGAAGGCCUGGGCCAGGUCCAGGGACCUGCGGAGAGACAUAGGGAGGCCCUCUGUGCCUGCUGCCCCGCCUGGCCCCGCACACAUGGUGCACCCAAGUACUUUCACUUCCCAUGAGGGACGAGGAGGGAUGGGGGCCAUCAGAGAGGAGGUGCAGAACUUCCUCCCCAGCAUGUCCGGGGCGAUGCCAAAUGUUAUCAGUAGGGUGCGCCCCUACCCCCUCCUGUACACGCCCUCCUACCUGAGUCGAAACUUCACCUCCUUGCAGAGAGCCUCCUCAGGCCAGGCCGCACAGGGCCUGGGUGAGCACACGACCUGCAGCCUUCCCAGUUUGCUCCACAGAGUCCCGUACAGCUCACCUGACAUCAACCUCCAUAAUGCCUCCAAAAGCACACCCAAUCUCAACCUCUACAAUGCUCACUACAGCCCACCUCAUACCAACCUACAGAGAACCCCCUAUAGCCCACCUCAUACCAACCUCCACAGGAUGCCCUACAGUCCACCGGAUAUCAAUGUCCAUGGUUUCCACUAUAGCUCACCUCCUACCAACCUACAGAGAACCUUCUAUAGCCCACCUCAUACCAACCUACAGAGAACCCCCUAUAGCCCACCUCAUACCAACCUACAGAGAACCCCCUAUAGCCCACCUCAUACCAACCUCCACAGGACGGCCUACAGUCCACCAGGUAUCAAUGUUCAUGGUUUCCACUACAGCUCACCUCAUGCCAACCUACAGAGAACCUCCUAUAGCCCACCUCAUACCAACCUCCACAGUCCCCACUAUAGCCCACCUUAUACCAACCUCCACAGGCCGCCCUACAGUCCACUGGGUAUCAAUGUCCAUGGUGCCCACUACAGCUCACCACAAACCAACCUCCACAGUGCCCCCUACAGCCAACCUCAUACCAACCUCCACAGCACCCCUAACCCCAACCUCAGCUCUGCUCUGUACAAUACAUAUUCUUUCCUCCCCUGUGGCAAUCCAUAUCCUGCUGCUGAGCCCUGGCUUUACCAAAGCACCCCCCCUACACAGCCACACCCGUCACCCCUGCUCUCCUGCACAGAGACGUACCUGACACACGUCCUUCAGAACAUCCAGAGCACUGUGCAGAGCCUGAAUCAGCGCACAUCUCUGCUAGAAGGAAGCCUCACUGUCCCAGUCAGGGGACCACAGGCCCCUGUCAUGGCUCUGUACAAGAGCACCUUGGAGGAGGUGCAGCAGAUGAGGAGGAGUCUGAAUCUGUUCCGGACUCAGAUGAUGGAUCUGGAGCUGACCCUGAUGAGGCAGCAUGAGCAAGUGUACCGGACCCGGCAGGAAAGGGAAGAGGUGGAACGGCUGCAGUAUCUGCGCAGUGCAGUGAGACACCAGCUCCUGCAGCUUGAGUGGCAGCAGGACACGCGUCUCUACCUCCUAGACCAGCAGAUGCGUUCCGCCCGCUCUGCUGGCCUCUAUCGCCACCCCAUGGGUAUCCAUGCACACGCCCUGGACAGACUGCACGGUGGCUCCAAUGUGCCUCUGAAGGAGCCGGUGUCGAAGCUGCUUGGGGAACAGGUGAGCCUGUGGCAGCAUCUGGGGUCCAAUAGUGCUGCAAGCCCCGCCCACUCCUGGGCUGCCCACAGCUCCACCAGUUCCGCCAUGAGGCCCAGCUCAAUGUGGGUACAUGGGGUCGACCACCCUGAGCCCUCCUCCACAACCGGGACUGGGGCCUGCUCUACCUCAGCCCAUCUCAGCCCCAGCCACACUACCCAUCCCACUACCACAGCCCAUCUCAUCCCCAGCCACACUACCCAUCCCACUACCUCAGCCCAUCUCAUCCUCAGCCACACUACCCAUCCCACUACCACAGCCCAUCUCAUCCCCAGCCACACUACCCAUCCCACUACCUCAGCCCAUCUCAGCCCCAGCCACACUACCCAUCCCACUACCACAGCCCAUCUCAUCCCCAGCCACACUACCCAUCCCACUACCUCAGCCCAUCUCAUCCCCAGCCACACUACCCAUCCCACUACCUCAGCCCAUCUCAUCCCCAGCCACACUACCCAUCCCACUACCACAGCCCAUCUCAUCCCCAGCCACACUACCCAUCCCACUACCACAGCCCAUCUCAUCCUCAGCCACACUACCCAUCCCACUAGCUUAACCCAUCUCAUCCCCAGCCACACUACCCAUCCCACUACCUCAGUCUCUCUGAGCCCCAGCCACACUACCCAUCCCACUACCUUAACCCAUCUCAUCCCCAGCCACUCUGCCCAUCCCACUACCUCAGUCUCUCUGAGCCCCGGCCACACUACCCAUCCCACUACCUUAACCCAUCUCAUCCCCAGCCACACUACCCAUCCCACUACCUCAGUCUCUCUGAGCCCCAGCCACACUACCCAUCCCACUACCUUAACCCAUCUCAUCCCCAGCCACUCUGCCCAUCCCACUACCUCAGUCUCUCUGAGCCCCGGCCACACUACCCAUCCCACUACCUUAACCCGUCUCAUCCCCAGCCACUCUACCCCUCCCACUAUCUCAGUCUCUUGGAGCCCCAGCUACACCACCCUGCCCACCCCAGAGAGAUCCCAUCACAUGCCACCAAGAACCCAAGAAAUGGAGUCCCUCUACCUGCAGAGAGGGAGGGGAGGGGCCCAGAACCCCCACCAAUGGGAGAAGGAAGGAGGAGGGGCUGAGAGACUCUACCAAUGGGAGAAGGAAGGAGGAGGGGCUGAGAGACUCUACCAAUUGGAGGAGAGAGGAGGAGGAGCUGAGAUACUCUACCAAUUGGAGAAGAGAGGAGGAGGGUCUGCAGGGUUUCUCCAACAGGAGGAGAAGUGGACCCAGGCAUCAGAUAAAGUCUCACCACAGCAGGCUCAGAGACAGAUCAAAGGUGCCAUCACUGAAGAAGUCCACCAGGAGAUUUUGAAUGAGCGCCUAGUUACCGUAGCACUAAGGAGACCAUCCAUAAUAAGAAAACAUUUCACAUUCCCAGGAUGAUAAUGAUCUCUCCACUGAAACCAGACACACAUAUUGUUUUCGUUUUCUCCUGGAUUUAUUAUGGAUUCAACCCAUGCUUGAACUUGAUGGCGCGUCUAUCCAAGCAUGUCCCAGGGAGCAACUCCAGAUUGGGAAAGUUGGAAACCAGUGUGGCCAAUCGCUUUGGAUUUCCUUCUAGGGAGCAACUGAACUGAUUUGCACCAGGAUCAUGUAUUGGAUAACACAUGCACAAUUAUUUUAUUUAUAGAUCAGUAAUAAGAAGGGCAAUACAAAGACAGUGAACAGUGACAGUUUUUUUGCAACAUAAUAAUGAACACUCUUUGGUAACACUUUGCUUGAACCCCUCGUCAUAAGUCUGACAUAACACUGUCAUACACAGGACAUAACAGCUGUGACAAGAUGUCAAAUGAUGUCAGUUGAUGUCAAAUGAUAUAAAACUCUCACUUGAUAUAAUGAUAUAAAUACUUUUAUCAAUAAAUGUUAUGACAUGUUGCUACCAGAAAAUUUAGAUGAAAGUAUUUUAUGUCAUUUGUUACACCAUCAUGUGACAGGUAUGUCAUGUGUAUGAUAGUGUUAUGUCAGCCUUAUGGCAAGGGAUUCAAGUGAUGUGGUAUCCACUCUUUAAUAUGUACAAACUAAAAUAACAGGAACUUGAAUUCAUUUAUUUUGAUACUUUGGGAAAUAAAAGGACAAUUUGCAGUUUAAUUUCAUACCCUCCACAUUCCAAAUACAAGAGCUUGUGUUGUGAGGGGAUAUUGUAUUAUACAUGUUUAAUUCUCAGUCAGUUUACACAAUGCAUGGUAUUUGUAAGUUGUGUGAUACAUUUGCACAAGUUUAAGGUGUAAAGUAAAGUAGGUGCAACAUGUAAGGUUUAUGUUAUCUCCUAGUAACUCUUUCUAACCAAACUUCACUGAACAUAGGUCUGAUGCAUAGCAUCUCUUAUUCUUGGAAACAGGAGAGAUACAUACAAAAAACUAUUAACCACACAAAUAAGUUACAGGUAGACCACAUGGCAGUAUUUGAAUGGCAUCAAUGGCUUGAAAAAAUACAUCCUAAUCGGCCCCUGUGGACUAUACUUUCUUGACAUUGCAAAACAA